AUGAAUAAUCUUCGAUAUGGCUAAAUUGUCAGAAUUCAGGGGGAUUAUGGAAUGAUAGUCACCAAAGGAUACACUCAGACGAAUGUAUAUUACAUGACCUUCACAAAUUUGGCCAAGAUAAGCAAUUUUCGGGAGUCAUUAUUUUAAGUGCUUCCCAAAGGGAGCUUUGAAAUUCAUGAUGAAUUCAUGAAAUCUCACAAGAAGUAAGCCAGCAAGUAUCAUUAAAUUAGAGCGAAUCAGGAUCUGCUUGAUUAACGACUGAAGACAGAAUUGAACUAAUAUUUUUCUUUUGUGGAAACCAAGAUGGAUGAAGAGGUUCUGUUUGGUCAGGAGAUAGUAUUGAAACAUUUUGAUUCCGAAUACUUUUUGGUUGGAUCUUACAAGUGCUCAGAAUAGUCGAUGGAGGCAUUUCAGGUAAGUCUGAGUAGCAAGCCUUCGAGUCAAGCAUUAUUUAGAAUAGAAGCAUAUUAAACCUAUCAGAAGGAUGGUCAGCAAAUAUACUUUGAUGAACCCUUCUUAUUGGUGAAUACGAAGCAAUAAUUUUGUUUGGAUUUUAUUGAAAAACCAAUACAAUGGUUAGAUGAUGAAAGUUGUUUGGCCUACAUCAAGCGAUUAAAUGACGUGCAAAGACACUAGGUGAUAAUUACUCAUAACAGCAAGACUAGUUGGAAAAUGAAGUUAUUUAUGCGGAAUGAUUAGCGAAUCGAAAAGAAAUCGAUAAGGAAUUACGAAUUAAUAUAUUUAUAAUACACUGAAGAUGGAACGUAUUUGAAUGGAGAACAAUAGAUCAUUUCAUUAUAACAAGCAGGAUUGAAUAUUCCAUUGACAGCCAUUUGGGAAUUGCAAGUGUUAUAACCUACUAAUGAUUUCAAACGCAAUCAACCGUAGAUAAACAAGGAUAAUUAAAGAGGAUCGGUUUUCUAAAAUAACUUUGAUUUUUUGAAGGAAUUUUCAAGAGUUGCACCAAGACAGAAGAGCGUUGUCGAGUACUAAUAGUAAGCCUAAUCAUAAGUCACUAAGAAAACUCCCCAGUAAGAAUUCAUCCUUAGAAACUACAUCUCAGGUAAGGUGCUUACCUCUAGAGGUUAAUUGCCCUAGUUGCAUGAUUAUAUUUAAGAACCCAACUAAGUUGUGGAAAUCUUGCCUGCCAAGUAAGGGUAACAGGAGAUUGUAGAGAAUUCUUAUAUUCAAUUGUCAGUCGAUAAGGAAUUGUUAUAAAAUGUUGAGAUCGAAGACUAAUGGAAUGAUAGUAUCAAAGAAGAUGAAGAGAUAGAGUCUACGGUGAUAAAGAAAUAGUUGGCUUUUGAGGAGAAAGAACAUCAACAUGCUUUCCAAAUCAAAAAAGUCAAAGGGAAUAUAAAAAACAAUUUAAUGUUUGUGUUAUCAGCCUAAGAAGUGCUGUUCUAAUUUGUUUUGAUUUUGAAUAAACAAGUUGAUAUUAUUUGGAAAUUGCUUCAUGCUUAAUAGUUAUCAUAAGUGGUGGAAGUUAUUCAAUAAUUGAUUCAAUUCUUGUAAUUCGAGGUGGCCAAUCGUUAGUAAUGUAUCAAGGAAACCUACAUCAUUGAUUUGGCUAUGAAAAUCUUGGUGCCUAUAUAUGAGAAGAAGUUGUAUGCCACUGAUGUUAAGAAUUUACAAAAAAAGAUGAAAAAGAUAUUCAAAUUAACCUAUUAAUUGAUUAAGGAGUUAACGUAGAAUAACAAACAACUUAAGUAAGAUAUGGGAAAGUAUUUGAAAGAUUUUUUAGAACAAGCCAUGGAUGACGAAGCAAGAGCUCAGGACAGUUUAAAAGAAUUGUUAGAAGACAAUUAUGAGUCUAUUUAGAAGUUUGUCACUGAUGAUCAUAUUCAGAAAGUAUUUGAGAAAAUGAAACAAAAUCCCAAUGAAAAAUAUUUAUCAAUUCUAAGCAGUAUUUGUGUUUGCAAAGGAAGAGCCAUUUUGAAGAAUCAAAUUUUAAUUUUAAAAUUAGUAUUUCAAAGCAAUGAAUUGUUGAAUUUCAAAUUUAGAUUGAAUACUAAAAACAAGGUUGAAGUGCUCUGUAGGAUCAAUAAAUUAAAACCUAUGUGGCGAAGAAUUCGUUAAAUAUACUAGGAAAGUCAGGAGUAAGAUGGAUUGUAGACUUGGAAUUACCUCUAAGGCUAUUUCAACCUCUUAGGAGAUGUGUGUUAUAACAGGAAUAAAUUAGCAUAAGACUUUGUAAAAGAAAACAUCUCAAUUUCAAUAUUAUUAGCCUUAGUAGAAGAUAGUCAUUCUCAAUCUAUAAAUACAUUUGAAUCGUAUUUAAAAGUAAUUCAUUUGGCAUUUGUAGACACUCCUGGAUAUCAAACCCUUGUGAUUAGCAAAGUCAUAGAUUGGGAGGAGAACGAAUAAAUUUCAAUAGAGAAAAGAAUGUCAAUGAGAAGAAUCAAUAGUUUUGGUGGGUUUAGUAAUCAUUUGCCAUUGUAAAAUGUAAGCGAUCUCAACAAUAUCAUAAAGUAUGUCUAACAGUUUAUUGCCAAAUUCACUCAUUUUACUUAUGAUUAGAAAUAUAAUUAGACUCUGCAAAGAGUGCUCAUGAUAAUCAAAACCUUAUUGACGAUGAAUCUAGAAAUAGACACUAUGCAAUUAUUAUAAGAUUUGUUGAGAAUAUGUUCAUGCUAGAAGGAUUUCUAAAAUUUAGAAUAAUAAAAGGGAGAAGAGAAUAUCAAAAAGGCUAAACAUAGGAUGACUAAAGUAUCAUCAGAGAACAAACCAAUAAUGGAAUGCAAGAUGCUAGCCUCUAAUAUUAUAUUAAAUAUACUUGAUCUUGAGAAUGAUAUUAGGAUUAAUGAGAUGGUAGCUUAUUUUAGAAGUAAGAGAGGAAGUGAUUAUACUAAUGAUUCAGCAAAUAACUCACCUCCUAAAAAGGGACUAAUAAGUGGUAUGGUGGACUUCGUCUAAAGAUUUUCACAUAAGCCUCCUGAAGAAUAAUAAUAAUUAUUAGAUAACAAUAGUUCUGUCUUUAAAGAUUUUGCUAAAAGUUUAAGUGGUUCUAAGGACAAAACUGAACAAGAAUCCUAUAACAUUCCUUAAUGGAUUCAAGUCAUAAAAGAUUUACUAGAUAAUAGAAAUUUAUUCAAAAAUUUCAAUAAUAAUGUGAUGUUGGUAUUUGUAGAAAUUUCUUUGAUGUAGGAACCAAAAAUGGUUGAAACAGCCUUAUAAUUAUUUAAUAGAAUGCUUGGUUAGAGAAGAGAGUUAAUUAAACAUUUCUCUUAGAUUGUUUUAUUAUCUAAAAAUUGUUAAAAAAAUGUCAAAGAACUGAUUAGCAAAUGCAUUCAGAUCAGACAACGUUUAGAAUAAUUGAGUGAUAAAAAUGUUUAUACAAUUACAAAAGAGAAUUAAAGUACUUCAAACAUAUAAGUUGAUGAAAUAAUUGAAGAUCUCAAUAAGCUGUGUGUUUCAUUGAAAUUGCAGAGGUUUACAAGUCAGGUUGUUCAAAUUUCAUUGGCUUUUAAUGAGUGCGAAGAGAACGACAAAACAAAUCAAACUUUAUUUAAAGCAUUGGAUAUGCAUCAAACAUUAGUUACUUACAUUUCUGGAGCAGAUGAAAUCAAUCCAUAUUUGUAGGGAUUAUUGAAUUCUUGUUAUAAAUUCUUGACUCUUUUCAUUUGGAAUCAUGCAACCAAUAAGAUUGAAAUAAAAUGGCCUUUAAAAUAAAUUUAUUUUCAUUUACAAUACAAUUCUUGUUGCAUUGACUUUGUAAGAGAACUAUAUCAUAACAAUAAAGAGUUGCUCUACAAUGAAAACGAAGUAUCUGUGGCUAUUAAGUCUAUCAUUCAAUAGAUGAAUAAGGAAAAGCCAGAUAGCAUGUAUAGGGUCAAACUGUUUGAUUCCCUAAGAGUUUUCUUGUAUGAUCAUAAUAAGACAAUCAAAUUCAAUCAAUUGUAAAUCCUAGCCUUGCUUCAGCAGAAGUAGAAUAGGAAUUUAAUCUACGUUCUCAAUGACUUAUAGUCUGAAUUUUCAAUGGAUUCCAUCAGCAAGCCAGAAACUCCAUUGAUGAAAUCAAAGGUGUGGGAUGCUGAGAGUUUUCACGAAUUAAUUGAUGACUAUAGUGCUAAUUAUGAGAAGAUGGAGGAAACAAAAUUGUUGCAUAUCCAACCUCAAUUAUAAUACAUGGUGAUACAUUUUGAAAUUUUCAGUUUGUUGGUUGAAGAUCAUAAUGUAAUUAACUAAGAGAAAUGUCGAGUCAUGCAUCCUUACCAUUCCCUAUUAUAUUUGAUGAAAAACUCUUAUCAAAGCAAUUGUUGGCCAUUGCAGCACUUCCUGAGAAGUUACAUGAAUCGUCUUUACUAUAAUAGUCAAAUGGAAUUAAUAAGUUAACUGUGUAUUUAGGAAGAUUUGGAAAUUAUCCGACAUCAGCUGGAUCAAAUUCUAUUACUGAAGGGCUGCAAUUAUAUCAAGCAAGUUUAAAUUGUUGAUGGUGUUAGAUUUUAGUUCAUGUUCUCAUAUAUCUUUGCUUGUAUGCAGGAGAUAUUGUAUUCGAUCAACCUAUUGUUUCUUAAUGAUAAUUUUCUAUCUGAGUUGGAAGCAUAAUUGGGCAAAGAUGUCGAGAGUCUCAGAAUCCAUUAAUUGCUAUUCAAGAUUGCAGGUCACUUAGUUCAGAUUUAAAAAAUGUGGUUUAAAUCAAGUCACAUAACUCAUUUGUGUUAGGUUCUGAUAAACAUCAUGAAAAUAGUGUUUAGAACAUUCGACAUUAGUGUAUUAUUGAGAUUGGAAAAGAUGUUCAAUGGAAAUGUGAGUGAACCACAAACUCCUUUAAAAUAGAACGAAAUUUAAGAGCAGGAAAAGGAGAAUCUUCAAACUGAUUAGAACGAAUAGAAUGAACAAGAUGGCAUUAUAAAUAGAUUGCUGAUUGUAACUGAGACAAAGUUAUCGCAAGAUGAAAAGAUUCAAUCUAAUCUUUAACAAACAUUAAAGAGGAUCUUCCAUUUGAAAUCCAAAAAGAGACUGUCCAUAAUCGAAGAACCUGACAAUAAUGCAGAACUAAACAUUAGGUUGAUGAAGUUGAUUAAACUAUUCAGUGAGAAUGAAGAGUUUUAGGGAUUCAUUGAAUAGGAGUUUAAUUCAUUAUGUGGUGAAUUCACAAAAAUUGACGAGUUCUCUUUGACAGCCUAUCAAACUUAAUAUCCAGCAAUUACUUUGGAAGAGUUCUUAAAGAAUUUAAUAUAGAUGAAUAUCACUCAUCAAUUAAAUGAUGAUUUAAGAAGCUACUUCUUAAAAGUAUUAACAAGAAUGAUUAGUGAAAAGAACCCAAAUAUCAACAGUCAAGAUGAAUAGGCCAAGUUGGCAAUAGAUGAAUGGGAACCUGAAUUUUGGAGUGAUUCCAGAUAAUAGAUCUAGGAGAUACAAUGUUUUUUGGCGGGAUGUGGAGCAGCUCAAUUGAUUUAUGAAAUGUUCAAGGAGAACUUUGAUGAUAGAUGGGAGUUAUUUAAUUAGUUAUUAAUAUUUUCAAAUGCAUUUCUAUUGGGAGGCAAUACCAAAUGCUAAGAUUCUCUGCUGUAAUUAUUGAAAUAGGAUUCCUCGAAUUAGAUGAUGAGCAAUUUGCAAUAAUCUAUUCUUAAGUUUAGCAAAUUUGUUAAUACUAAUUUCAAGAUUUAGAAGACCAAAUUUUAGAAAGACAAGCAAAACCCCUUUCUUUCAAUCGUUUAUGUGGAUAAUUUAACACAAUUCAGUGAGAAGACUGAAACCUUAAAAAGGUCUUUGCCUUCUGCCAUAGAGAGUUAAAAUACAAUUAAGAAUAGAUAAUUAUCAAUUAAAGUGAUGUGGAGAGCAUUCAGAAUGUUGCAAUUGAUGUGUGAGAAUAAUAAUGUUCAGAUGAAGAACUAUCUACGAGAAUAAACUGAUAAGGAAGAUUCAGUUCAUAUCAACAGUAUUAAUUUUAUUGAGUUUGCUACCAAGGAGUUGAGAAUAUUGUUGAAGAUAUUGAAUAAGAAUGUAGUAUCAAUUACUUAACAAAUAGUGGAUUUUAUAAAUGAAGUCAUUCAAUUGCCAUGCUUUUUAAAUCAAGUCACUCUAUGUAAAUCAACAUAUAUGGAAGAUGUAUGUUUUACAUUUGAAACCUUUUAAAAAGAGGAAAGCCAAUUAAUUCAAAGGGAACUCCAUACUCCAGAAGAACAGGAUGAGUUAUUUGAAUUAUAAGCAAAGAUUAUUCAAUCAAUUAUGUUGGUUUUAGAAGGGAAUAACCAUAAAAACUAUGAGGAAUUAUAAUAGAAAUUGGACUCUAGGUUUUUGGUUAAUUUCAUUAAAUUGAUUGUUUAGAAGGUGGGCAUCGAGAAGAUAUUUGAUUUUAAGAAGGAAGCUAGAUUCUCUGAUGAGAUACAAUAAAUGUUGAAUGUAUUCAUAAUAAAGGAGAAAAUAGAAUAUGUUAGUAAGGAUCAAAAGUGGGUGAAGCAUUUUAAGUAAGAAUUUGAGAGCAAUCCAACUUUAAAAGAUAUUUAGACUAUGUGUUUGAAUAAUUUAAGAAAGAUUGAAAUUUUCUAUGAGAAUGAAUAUCAAAUGGUGUUCUUCCCUGCUCAUCCAGUAUUUCAAUUUUUGAGUGAUGAAACCAGAGAUAAAAUAAUGUUCAAAAUACCAAGAGACACACAGAGAAAGAAGUUGAUAUCUCUUCUUGAGGAAAUGGAUAUGAUUUUUAGGGAAAUCAGUUACAAUUUUAGUUUAUAAAAUUGGAUUUUACCAAUAACCCAUAAGACAAUUCAACUAUUAAUAAAUAUCUCACAAUUAUUGUCAUUAUUUAUUAAUAUUUUUAUGAUAUAUGCAUAUGCAGUUAUGAUAAAAGACAAGCAAUCAACAUUAGUAACAGAUGACUACGAGGAGGCAACAUUGUUUAUUUUAUCCUUAUUGCAAUUUAGUUUCAGUUUGUGUGCAUGUACAUUUUACAUAAUAAGCAGAGCAUCAUUGGAAUUCAAGAAACUUAAAUAAGAGUAAUUCUCUUUGACUUAAAUUCACUCUUAUAUAAUUUAAAAGAUAUCCAAUUUCAUUAUUGUUUUCAAAGGAGAAGAUUUCCUGUCUCAUAUAUCAUUUACUGCAAUUGCAUUUUUAGGGUUAAUUUCAAAUACAUAUUACUUUUCGUUGCAUUUGUUCUAUUUAUUUGGAUAAUUAUCAUUAUUGCAAAGUGUGUUUUAGGCAAUAUCUCACAAUGCAAAAUAACUAUCUUUGGUAGCUUUGCUUGGAGUGUUGUUUUAAUUUGUAUUCAGCAUAGUGGGAUUCAAUAAUUACGUGGAUGACAUAUAUCCUGAACAAGUGGAGGAUCCUUGUCACAGUCUCAUCAGCUGUAUGAUAACCUUGAUGACUUCUGGAGUGAUUGGUAGUUCGAUGUCAUAAUGGGAUCCCUUGAAGUUCAUCUAUGAUACAGUUUACUUCGUGUUCUUUGCACUAUUGUUCACCAAUAUAAUCUCAGGUAUAAUGACUGACACAUUUGCACAAUUGAGAGAUCAAAGAACCCAGAUAGAAGAUGAUAAGAAAAACAAAUGUUUCAUUUGUGGAAUUGAUAGACAAACCCUCGAAAAGCAGCAAGAAGAUUUUGAAGAGCACAUAAAGAGUAAGCAUUUCUUGUGGAAUUACGUGUUCUACAUUUAUUGUCUCUAGAAUAAGGAUUCCACAGAAUACACUGGAUUAGAGUACUGGAUAAUGGAUAAGGUGUAAUCUGAAAGUGUUAGUUGGUUUCCGAUUAGAUCUGAGGAUGAAGAUGAUCGUACUAAACAGAUUGAGUUAUUAUAAUAAAAGAUAGAAGAUCUGGCAUAGUAAUUAAAGACUUAGUUGUUGCAGCAAUAGAUUGAAGAAUGA